AGCCUCCUCUAUGAGACAAGACCACUACUGGAUUGUCAGCUAGUAGGCUAACAGGUGCCUCUACUACUCAGAUGCGACGGAUGCUUACUAACGCAGAUUUUUUUUCAAUUCGAUUUUAGAUUUUUAUUUCAACAAAACAACCGGAAUUGUUGUUUCAAUCUAUUUAACAUUUAGUGUUUCAUUCUAUAAAAACAUUUUGCUAUUAAUUCUGAACACUUAAAACUUUGUUUUAAAAGUACAUGUCUCUUGAGUUUAGGCUACAUUUGUUAAUCAGUGUCAUUUCAAUUUAGUUUGAGAUUAUUAUUUGUUCAUCAAAUGUGGCUACUUGGUUCAACUCCUGAAGUCAUGGAAGAGCGCCUGUCACCUUCUGCGUGUUUCGUCCGGAACCCCGGCAAUAACCAUAACACCGCAGCAGCGAGGGUUCACAGUAUUGAAGCAAUAUUGGGAUUUAAAGACGAAAACAUAUAUAAUCAAUCUGUCUCAUACAAUGGAUCAUCCGGGAAACUCGCCGAGCGGAGAGGGAACGGAAUUAUGUCAUCCCUGAAGGAAGAACACAACACGGAACGUUUUGACAGUGUCUGCUGCAGCAGUUCGGGGGCCUCUGUUAGUCCUGAUUUACCUGACGGGGAGGAUAAACUGUCCGAUGAUGAUAACCCAAAGAAAAAGCACCGGCGCAACAGGACUACGUUCACAACCUUUCAGCUGCAUGAGCUGGAGAGAGCGUUCGAGAAGUCGCACUAUCCUGACGUCUACAGCAGAGAGGAGCUCGCGAUGAAAGUGAAUCUUCCGGAGGUUCGAGUGCAGGUGUGGUUCCAGAACCGUCGGGCCAAGUGGCGUCGCCAGGAGAAGCUGGAGGUGAGUUCCAUUAAGCUCCAGGACACCUCCUCUCUCCUGUCCUUCAGCCGCUCCCCUUCCCAGUCCUUGGGCUCCGGACUGCAGCUGGAGCCAUGGCUCAGCACUGCCAUCACCUCCACCCCACUGCAGUCCCUACCCGGCUUCAUUACCAGCUCCUCUCAGGGCCUCCCAGGACCCUCCAGCUACUCCCCUCCAGCCUUCCUCAACUCCCCCAGUUUUGGACACCAUAACCUGCCUCACAUUGGUUCUACGCGCCCUCUUCCUCCACCCCCAUACCAGUGCGCCGUGGCUGGGUACAUGGACAAGUUAGCCAUGGAAGAGACGGAUCCUCGUAAUUCUAGUAUUGCGUCUCUGAGAAUGAAGGCUAAGGAGCAUAUUCAGUCUAUUGGGAAGACAUGGUGAGGAUGGAUGGAUGCUGUCUGCGUCCCUCUGACUGGGGCCAACACUUUAAAGACUACUACUUCAUGCAGUGCUGCUUCUCUAGUCUGUGGACAUGGAAGUUCACUGUGCUAGAGGACUCCACGAGAUUAUUGUUUCUUCUUCAGUGGUUUACAUCAUCGUCCCAGUCAGUGUUUUUUUGUGAAUUCUCAGUAUUGGAGGAGGAACAACCAUGUCUAAUUUCAGAUGUUCACAUUUUAUAAUGAACUUUAACUGUCAGUGUUAUGCUUGGAUUCACCAAGAUCCAUCCAGUCUGCUUUUAAUGAAGAAUGAAGGACGCCAUUGAGGAGAAAGUAGAAAAUUGAAAUGUUUGUCUAUGUUGCUCGCAACCUGCUUUCCUUGUCAUAAUUCCCAUCCCUAUUUGAACAAUUCUCUUCUGUUAUUCUGCUAAGACAAUCCCAUCCCAGGAUCAAUGUAUGUAUUGUUGUUUACCAACCCUUAUUUAGGUACCUUUCUUUCAGUAUUUUUCCAUUUUGUGCUGCUGACUUUACAAACGAACAAAUGUCAAUUUGCUGUAAUUAGUUUCUCUCUGUGCGUGAAUGAUAUUAUGGAAAUAAACCUGUAUAUUUACAUCAACCCUCCAGGCUGACAAUGUGCAAACUCAUCCUUCUUUCAUUAAUUGUCAAGCCUGAAAAGCCAUAUUUAAGCAAUAAGACCUGGGUAGGUGUGUUAUAUGGCCAAUAUACCACUGCUAAGGGCCGUGGUAUAUUAUCAGUAUAUCACAAAGAUAAUAUACAAUAUAACUCCUGUCUUUUCAAAGAGGUUUGUUUUUACUCAAUACUUUCACUUUUUAGAAAACAGGUGGUUCUAUACUGCAAAUUGAAAUCACAAAUCACAGAGCAGAACACGUGAAUGUGGUGUCUGGUUCCCUCCAGUGGACAUUAGUCUUAUGACGGGUGGGAAGUGAGCUGGCAAUCAAAGAAUCUAUGGCUAUCAAAUCCUAGAUGCCAUCGCCUGCUGUUGUACACUUGAGCAAGGCACUUAACCCCCCACAACAACAGGUGUCCAGAGUGGCAGCCCCCUUGACCUCUCUAAAAACACCUGUGUAUGUGUGUCUUUCUGAAGGGUUGCGUUAAAAGAAGAAGUUAAAUUUCAUUUGGACCUUGUGUGCAAUUGGUCAAUAAAGUCAUGUGAAUCUUUAGCGGCAAGCCAAUACAAUUGAAACUCACCAAGUCAGCUCUUAAGACUCAACUUCCACUUGAGUCAAAUGUAUACUUUUAAUUUCCCAUCACAAUCAACGCAUGACCAAGUGAAAAUUCUACUUCCGGAGCCUUCCGAAAGUAUUCAACCCCCUUGACUUUUUCCACAUUUUGUUGUGUUACAUCCUGACAAUUUGUGUCACUAAUCUUCACACAAUAUCCCAUGAUGUCAAAGUAGAUUUAA